AUGGAAAAGUUGUGGCUUUUUGUCUGGCUGAUAGCCUUAUCAGUAAGGUCAGCUACUGCUGCUCUCAGUUAUCGAAAUGAAAAUGGGAUUGCAAAGUUUCAAACGAACGAUCCGGGAAUCACUAUCCAAGGAGUUACUAGGAAUACCGAUGGUUUUAUACAUGUCAAACUGGUUUGUGGCUUGAAUCGGCUGAAAAUUGGAAACAAAGAUUCGGAAGAUGUCAGCUUGGAAUUGGUAGGCCUAAGGGAUCCUAUGGAAUCGAUAGUUGCAGAAUUCCAGAUUCAUAAUUGUAUUGAAAGUGAGCAACGGCUGGUUGGUCUCUUUCUGAACUCGUCUUGGGCACCGUUGUCAGAGGUUAAAGAUGACGAUGAGGUGUCGAUUCAAGUGGAGGCAAAAUAUAAAAAGUGUUAUGAAAAGGGCAACGUCGACUCGUGCGACAACUCUCUUUGGUGGCUCCGAGUCGAUGGAUUCGAAACCGCUAAAAUUGACACCUGGAAAAGUUGCGAGAGUGGAGACAUUGAGUUUCUGAACCAACAACGGGUUUGUAGAAGACCAUAUCAAUCUCAUCGAUCCGAUGCCAUCAGCAAUCAAUAUGGUGAAUAUUACGAUGGACAAGUGUUGAAAGGGUAUAAGGCCAAAAAGUUUGCCCUGGAGGUUGCCGGACAACAACUGGUACAAAGAAGACAAAAGAGAAACACUGUUCCCGACGAUAAAAAUGUCUGUGACUACACCAUCGAUUCAACUUCAACCUCAACCACAACUCCUAGUACUACCACUCCUACUACUACAGUCAAAACAGUGAUGUCGCCUACGGGAUCCACAUCUACAGCUGCACAGAGUACUAGUACAUCUAAAACAGCAAGCAGUAGCACGACCAUGCUGAGCACAUCAGUGAAGCCGAGCACAAGUACACUGAAACCCACCAGCACUGCUGUGCCAACUACCGUCACCCCGUUGCCUGCCAACGCCAUCUGCUCGUAUCUUGACGAAACAACAACAUCGACGACGUUCUCCACCACCAUCACAUCAACAACCACAGAGCCCUCGACUAGUACUGAAUCCACUUCUGUGUCGACAUCCCAAUCAACCUCCACCCCAUCCAGCUCAACAGUGACGACAUCUACGACUGCUCCAACCUCAACAACCAUAGUCUCUUCUUCUACAUCAGCUCCCACGUCUACUGCCACUGUUACGACUCAAAGUUCAUCAGUUUCGACUUCAACUGCAGUUCCACCCACCUCUACGACGAUAACACCUUCGACAUCUGCGUCGACGUCGGCAUCGACAUCUGCAUCUACAUCAGUUUCAACAAUAGCUAGUACCUCCACACCUGCUCCGACGUCUACUGGUACUACAACUGGAACAACUUCAAUAUCUUCCAGUGCUUCAACUAGUUCCACUGGAGCUUCAUCGUCUACUAUUGUGGUUACUACACCUACUACUACAGUAUCCACGAGUCAAGGCAGCACCACAACACCGUUAGACACCACUAAUUUCAACUUUAUAAAUAAAGAACUCACUGUUGCUUAUGGAGAUGAUACGGCGGAUCUGCGCCUGGAAACCAAUGUUUCUCCCGGGACGUACACCACACAAUGGAUGUGCAAAUCAGGCGAUGGGGAGUAUCAGCUAGCGAAUGUCACCGGAGUCUGCUUUAAAAAUUUUUACAACCCACCAGCUCUCGGUACUACUUUAUCUGCUAGUUAUUUUGCUGGACCCGGAACAUAUACAUUCCUGGCAACGUUGAUUAAAACCGAUGGAUCUCGCUAUAACGCUACAAUUGUUCUCACAAUUGUUGGGACCACCACAGUUGGAAAAUCCACUGUUACGUCGUCGGGAACAUCAACAGACACUUCUACAAGGACGUCUUCAACUGCGCAAUCGAGUUCGACAUCUUCUGCUUCAUCUACUACGUCUCCUAUCACAUUGUCUACUACUGUGGUCACUUCAACUCGUCCAUUGACCUCUGCCACUUCCACGACACUUGUUUCUUCGAAAACUUCCAAAGAUGUCACGACUUCUCAAGCAGAUUCGGGAACUUCCACAUCUUCUUCCUCUGAAACCUCUACAGAUUCCUCCAGCACUUUAUCAGAUUCCGAGACUACCCCAACCACUGAUUUUGACUUUAUCCUGUCCAAUGAUCUAGCAUGGAGCAAGACUGUCUAUUUCACGGAUACAGUAAACAUUGAGCCAGUGCCCACGAUCUCUUUGGCUACAUAUUAUCAAACUGUGACUUUCGAAUGUCGGAGUGACGCUGGCGAGGAAUUCGUAACUGUCAAACAAUCCACAUGUCUGAAUCAAGAGCAACAGAUCGUCAAAAUGGCUUCGUUUUCUAGGAAUAUUAAUUUGGAACCAGUUUCUGAAUUUGUGAUUGGCCUAGGGACUUUCGAGUUUCGAAUCAAUAUGACCAAUACACAAACCAAGCAGAUGGCAAGUCAUGUCUUCACGCUCAACGUGGUUGGAGAGACUUCCAGUACUGAAGAGGUCGGAACGACGACUAUGGCUACUUUCACGACUUCUGAAUCCUCUUCAACUGCAGAAAAAUCCACCACUGGGAUCGCUGAAUCUACUUCAACCACAUCCAAUGACGGGUCGGACUCUUCAACAACAACUUCCGUUGACUCAGAAUCUUCUACAACGUCCGCUUCUGACAAGUCUGGAGAUUCCUCCACGACACCUUCUGACUCAUCUGAUUCAUCCACCACUAUUGAUCCGAACUCAUUGUCCACCACCAUUGAUCCAGAUGCCACCACGCCCAUCCCAUACGAUUUCAUUCUCACGGAUUUGUCUUGGAACGAGACCAUCACCUAUUCAGAAGAUCCGCUCACAAUUUCACCAGUGCCGAAUAAGAAUCCGGGACUCAUAGAAACUGCAAUAACCUAUCAAUGCCGAAACGACUCGUCGAAACCAUUUGUGACAUUGAAAGAGAGUGAUUGUUUGACUGAUAUAGAAGUCCGGAAAAUCCGGAUCCAUGUGUACGACCACGAUAUGAAACCAUCCUGCUACAAGAGGAAAGUGAACGUAGUGAUGCCUGGAUGGUUUGUGAUAAAGCAUGGAGAAGUGGACACAUCUAAAGAUUUUGAUAUCGUCAAAGAUGGAGCAGUUUCUGUGAGCGUCUCUUUGGAUGGAGAUCAUAUAUGCCUCAAUGGACACUCGGACAUGUUCAUCGUUCCCGAAUCGUUAUGUAACUUCGAAGUGAGCUCAUUCGUCCCGAAAGACAUUUGUGAGACGCUCCAAACCAAAGGAUUACACACUUUACAAGAAUUGGAGAAGAAAAACGAUUUCAACGCUACACUGGAAAUUCCCGCGUCCCCGAGUUUUUUGGGAAUUUCGUUGCUCGAUGUGUUGAAGGGAAACUACCGUAUCAAAAUCUCUAUUGCUUCCGAGGGCAAAAAAAUUGUGGAAUUCGCACUUCCAACCGGAUAUAAAGAUCUCAAAAUGGGCAUGAGUGAAUCAGAUGAUGAGGAUUAA